AUGACCAAUAUUUCAGGAAAGUUGCGUGAAAAACUAGAAAGAAUUUGUGAAAUCAAAGCGCCAGAAGUGGUGCAUCGUAACUAUUCGAAAGAUGGAACUCGUAAGUGGGUAUUCCGUGUUGGCGAUGGUGCGGGCUCUUUGGUUGAAACGGUAUUGAUUCCAGCAGAAGAUAAAACAGGCUCACGUAAAACACUGUGUAUUUCAUCACAAGUGGGUUGUGCUUUAGAUUGCUCAUUCUGUUCAACAGGAAAGCAAGGUUUUCAGCGUGAUUUAACCCCUGACGAGAUCAUUGGGCAGUUGUGGGUGGCCAACUAUUCUUAUAUGGAAGAAGUACCUGUUGCUGAACGUGAGCGCUCGGUGACUAAUGUGGUGAUGAUGGGAAUGGGUGAGCCAUUACUCAACUAUGAUGCUGUAUUAAGCUCAAUGAAUAUCAUGUUAGAUGAUUUUGCUUAUGGCAUGUCUAAACGUCGCGUUACAUUAUCAACUUCAGGUGUCGUACCGAAAAUUGACCAAUUGGCACAAGAUAUAGAUGUGGCUUUGGCGAUUUCUUUACAUGCGCCAAAUGAUGAGUUACGUAAUGAAUUGGUGCCGAUUAAUAAAAAAUAUCCAUUAGCACAAUUGAUUGCUGCAUGUCAGCGCUAUAUUGCCAAAGAUGGUAAUGAAAGCUCUCGUAAACAUGUCACUAUUGAAUAUGUGAUGUUGGAAGGGGUGAAUGAUCAUCCUGAACAUGCACAACAAAUGAUUAAGUUACUGAAAAACUUACCAAGUAAAAUUAAUUUAAUUCCAUUUAAUCCAUUUCCGCAUGCGCCGUAUGGCCGUUCAAGUCGAAAUCGUAUUAUUUCUUUCCAAAAAACUUUACACGUGGUGAUGAUAUUGAUGCUGCGUGUGGGCAGUUGGUCGGGCAAGUGGCAGAUCGUACCCGUCGUGCAGAGCAGUGGAAAAAGAAAGUUGCUGAACGUGGUGAGAUUAUUCGUUCAUAAGCUUAAAGAUUUGUAG